AUGCAGCCCCUGUGUCCCGAGCCCUCCCUUUCCUGCCCCUCCAAGCUCACGCUCGACUUGUGUGGAUGGAUGUGCUUGCGAUGUCGUGUGGUGGUGUGUGGGACAGGACACCACUGGCUAUGCCAAACUUUCCUCUGUCGCUCGUUGUGGCGGUGCUGGGAGAGGCGGGGGCUGAGGGCAGCCGGGGCGGAGCUGUUGGCGUGGCAGAGGAGGCGGCAGGGCCGCAGCAGAGAGCCGGGGCUGAGGGGCACAGCGAUGCUCGGCCGGCGGAGCGGCGCCAUGCGGCGGUGUCGGGGCGCGGGGCUGGCGGCGCUGGCCGCGGUGCUGCUCGUUGUUGUGGCCAGAGCCCAGGUACAGCAAGAGCGGUCACUGGAGACCACCGAAGGCACCGGAGUCAACAUCAGCUGCUCACAUCCCAAAAUCCAGACCAAUGAAUUCAUCUAUUGGUAUCGACAGCUCCCGGGCCGAGGACCCGAAUUGCUCGCAUCCACGGCUGGAGGGACCAAAGAGCUGCCGGCCAUUGCAGGACAGCUCUGGGUGUCGGCAGAUCGGCAUUCGAGCGCGCUGUGGCUCGGGCAACCCCGGCGCCGGGACGCGGCCGUGUAUUACUGCGCGCUGGUGGCACGGGCAGAGGAGCCGGGGCUGCGGCCGGGCACGAACCGGGGCGGGCGGGGCCCGCAGGGGCCGGGGGCACAGCGCCGCCCGCGGCCAGCAGGGGGCGCUGCCGCUCCGCCCGCCGGGCCCCAGGCGGCUCCGCAGCUCCUUCAGUGCCCCGAGCCCGCGCACAGCGACAGCGCCCAGCCCGCCACGGCCCCGACACACGGCUGCCAGCCUGCCUGCUGGAAGAACAAGGAAAAGUGA